UGUCCCAAUCUUUAGAAAAGCUUGCUAGAGGUGGCAGCAACAUGACCUAAAACCAGUGAAAAGAAAAGGUUUAAUGUAUGGCCAUGGAUGAUAAAGCUUCCAAGAACCAAAGAGAAAUAUCCAACUGUCACCACUAGGCCCUCUAAUCUACUACCAUCCCCCACAAGCAAAAAUGCAAAAUCAGAAUCAGAUCACAUCAAAAUCACAAUCACUGCUGCUAACCCAAGAGCCUCCACAUAUAUAGGGGGCACAGCCAUCCAUCAUUCCAUCAGCACAAGGAGUGGAGAAAAAAAAAUCACAUUUCAGAAAAGAAACAGUGGGGGAGGGGAAGUACACCUCACACACCUUCCAUUUUAGGAAGGUGAAGAGGGGAAGAAGAGGAGAAGCCAUCAAGCGCUGCUGCUGCAGACAAAUCCAUUGCUGGGAAGUGAAGAAGAUGAAGGAGAGGGAGAAGGUGGUGCGACUGGCCAAGCUCGCCGAGCAGGCGGAGAGAUACGACGAUAUGGUGGAAUUUAUGAAGACACUUGCUAGGAUGGAUGUGGAUAUGAGUGCUGAAGAGAGGCUUUUAUUUUCAGUUGGUUUUAAGAAAACUAUUGGUGCCAGGAGAGCAUCAUGGAGAAUCCUUGAAUCACUUGAGCAGAAGGUGACAGCUGGUGACCAACCAGGUGUAACAAUAAAUGGCUACAAAAAGAAAGUAGAGGAUGAACUAAGGGCAGUUUGCAAUGAAGUAUUAUCAAUUAUUGCUAUUCAUUGCCUUCCAUUGGCCAAUUCGGGUGAAAAUGUCGUGUUCUUUUAUAAGAUGAAGGGUGACUACUACCGUUACUUGGCUGAAUUUAGCACUGGAACUGAAAAGAAGGCUGCUACUGAUCAGUCCCUUAUGGCCUAUCAGCACGCCAUGGUUGUUGCCUCCAGUGAGCUUUCUCCUGCCCAUCAAUUCAGGCUUGGCCUUGCGCUCAACUUUUCAGUCUUUGAGAUAAUGAACUCUCCUGAGAGAGCUAGCCAAGUGGCAAAACAAGCACUUGAUGAGGCUACUGCUGAGAUUAACUCUGCUGGUGUGGAGGGUUACAAGGACAGCAUGCUUAUGAUGCAGCUCCUGAAGGAGAACCUGGCAUUGUGGACAUCAGAACUAACUGGAGGUGAAACAUCUAAGGACGAUGAUGUUGUUAUGGAGGGCUAACUGUCUGAAAUGUUCUAAAGGCCCCAGCAUGUGAGCAAAACAAUCAGUAACAUUGUAACAAUACUGCUACUGAACUUGCGACAUUUAUCAUGGGAGCCGUGGAAAUCACCUUUAUUUUUCCCUUUCUUCUGUAGUUUCUUUUUUUUUGGCCCUCGCUUGGGUCUUGGUGUGACCCCCAAAGUAUUUUCAGAGUUUGGAUUUGAUAACCAUGCACCAGCUUUGGUUAUAUUUUGAGAUCUUGGAGUGGUCACCAACCCAGCUUUAAUAUUAGUUUGAGAGUACUUUUUUUUUCCAAUGCUUGUUAAGCAUCUUUGUAUACCAACGGGAUGAUGAACUAUAUAUCUCUUAAUGAUGACGAAAUAAACGUCUCUUUUGUUAAGAUGAACACA